UAAGAAGAUAAGGUAUCUUUCGGUUUUCACAGAUUUCUUGACUGCGCUCAUCGCCAAGUUUUUUAUCGAUUGGAAAAUAGAUGAAGAAUGUCGUAUUUGAAUUUUUCCUCUCAUUCAAAUGUGCAGAGUUUGAGGAAUAAGGACUUAAUCGAUCUAAUUAAAAACAACGAGUAUUACUCCGGUUGCUACAGUGUAAUACAAGAGAAGAACUUGAGGGGACUGGAUAUACUGAAUUUGUCAGAAAAUACAUUAACAGCAUGGAAGUUACCACAGUGGCAGUCGAAAAAACUUCUUUCUCUGAAAGAAACAUUAUUGAAGGAUCCGGGAUCACUCAAACCGGAGGAAGAGGAAAAUCCAAGUGACGACCCAAGAAAAAAUAUCUCUAAUACCCUAACAACUAUCUUCAAAAAUAAGCAAAAGCCUAAACUACCCUAUAAAAAACAUGCGGAUGAUAUUACCCCAAUAAAAAAGGAACCUGACCUAAAUCUCAUUUAUGAUGACGAUAAUUACUUGAAACCGCAGUUCAACAAUUCAGUGAAGAAACCAAAAAAUGAAACUAAGUUCGAUCGGCCACCCUUAAAAUUCCCAGAAAAAUCGAAGUCUUUCAGCAGAAGUCACGAUAUAUCUUCAAUUCCAACCAGGAAACCUGUUGCCCUACCGCGACCCGACUUGAACGACGAAGAAAAUGAAUACGAGCCUCCUCCCAGUCACAAUUCUAGAUUGAAAAAACCACCAUCGAAGCUUCCCCUACCACCACCACCAGCUGAUGAAACUGAUGAAUAUGAGCCUCCUCCAAGAUUUGGAACGAAACAACCAGAAUCAACGCAGGAGGAAGACUAUGAGUACAUAGAAACAAAAAAGGAUGAAAACGCGAAGAGUCCAGUUUCGAAGUUUUACAUUGAUGGUGACUUUCCCCCACCCCUACCGGAAAGGUCAGUUUUACAGAAGAUAGAAGCGAAAAAAUGGUCCUUUCUACCAAUGUAUAUGAACGUUGAUAAAGCUCAGAGUCCAACAAAUGCACACGUCUCUUCGUCUACUCUUCCUUCAAAUCGUACUAGAAAAAUAACUCCUAAGAGCACACAGCCUAUUUCACCUGUUAGCGAUUCUAAAAAUAGCGAUACCAAAGCCACAUGGUCGGUAUUGACAAGACCACUGCCGCCACUUCCGUUGGCUCCAGCUUCCAAUAAAAUUGUAGAUGAAAUAGAGAAUGAGGAAUCUACGUAUGAAGACACAGAAGAAAAUUCACAAAUAGAAGAAUUGGCAGAAUAUGGUAAUGUUACUGAAUCGACUAGUGCACCUGCUUUCAAAUCAAGCAAUAUUUCCGAAUUAAAGCUGAAAACAUCUAGGGGUCAUAUAGAUGACUUACGUUCCCAUCUAUCUAAUUUCAAACUAAGAUCUUCUAAUCCGCCGAGGACAAAACAGUCAAUCUUCAGUGACGAAAAUAAGGAGCUGAAAGAAAUAUUGGAAAAGAGGCAUGGAAGUUACAAAGAAACAAACGAAACAAUGAAUAAUACUAAAGCUAAAAAAGAUUUGACUGUGUUGAAAUCGCAAAUGAGGCUUCCACUGCCACCGAUGUCAUUACCAAAAAGUGUGCAAAACACAUAUUUCGACGAAGUUAUAAAAAUAGAUCAAAUUUCUCAUAAUGAUUUUGGCCAAAAUGACAUCCAAGGAGUUGAAGCCUUAGAAGAUGACCUACCUGAAUACUUAAAUACUACUGAAACUGAAACCAAACCACAAGCAUGGAAAUCCCAACCACAUAAAACAUCUCCAAUAAGUCAAUUAGCCCUAGAAAUAUCACAAAAAAAACUCAAGCCAACUUCGCCGAAUCUGAAAACUUCAGACAGUAAUUGGAUUGUCCAGGAAAAACCUACGAUAACUCAGGAUCCUCCCAACAGGAAUAUUCAUGAAACUGAUGAAAGUGAUUUCGAAGAUGAACAAGAUUUUCUACCCGAAUACUUAAACACAACAGACACACAAAUUCCUGAGCCGAAACAUUACGCACCACCAGCAGCAAAUGAUUCAUCCUCUCAAAAAACGAAGUUCAACGUAAAAUCAAAGGAUAUCCAUUUAAAUGACAAACUUGCCGAUGAACUUCGAAUUUUACUGGAAAAGAGGAAAGGGUCGAAUGAAAACGUUGAAACCGGAAGACUUACUAUAGAUCAGCAUUAUCCACGAACGAAUUUACCAAACAAACCAAUCCAAAAUUCCACUUCAAAUAUCGGAGAAAUAGAAGACGAUGAUAUGGACGAUUUCGAGCAAGAGGAUUAUGACGUUGCCGGGUCAUACAGUGACAUGCUGAAUUUCAACAACGAACCUUUUUAUCGAAAUACCGAUCGUAAGGGGGCAAUUGCUCUACUGAGGGACCUGGAGGACGGUGCAUUUCUGCUGAGACCCAGCAGAAAGUUUUUCCUAUCGAUAACCGUAAAAAAUGGUGGGAAAUAUUUCAAUUUAGGCAUAGAGAAAACGCCACAAAAUAAAAUUUUUUGCGGGGAAGGUAUGAUGAGAACUCGGGAAUUUUAUUCUUUGCAAAAAUUUCUGGAACACUUCGAACACAAUCCACUCAUACUACAGGGCGAGAGAGGUUUAGAAGAAGUUUAUCUGAAAAAAGUGUUACCACUAGAUAGAUUUUAAUUUUCAUAAUAUAUAUUUUUGUGAUGAAUCAAUAAACGACUGAUUAUAUCAUAAAAAA